AUUUGAGUCCCACCUUCCCUUGGCCUUUAGCUGGCUUUCCCAGCUUUUCUUCGCUCAUUGGCUCCAUCACACCCACUCGGCCACUCUGCCUCACUCUCACUCUCCGUCUCCCACACCCCUUAACCUUUUUCGUUCCACGCCGCGAAAAUUCCUCAUGAUUUCUCCGCCCGAUGUCGAUGCCCUAGAAAUGCUUCUCUGCUCCGCCGUCGGUCUCAACUAGAUCUGUAGCGUUUCUCCAGAUCCAAGCGUGUUCUUUUGCUUUCCGGAGCAGAAGUGUGUGUUCUGAAGGAUUUGAAUUUCUUGCGGAGUUUUGGAGCUUUUUGUUAGUUUCAAAUUGCUUGAGCUGGUGAGCUAAGAUGGAGGAGCCCCUAGGACCACCGGGCGAAGAUCCAGUGGAAAUGCCCCAAAUUGCAGAGAAACAGACCCCUGCUGGCUCAUCAGAAAGCACGAAAAGGGUUGCGAAAUCUGCAAAACCUAGCGUUCCGGCGUCCUCAAAGGUCUCGGCCGCGACGGGUUCUGCUAGGAAGAGGUUGGACUCCAAGACGGGUCAGGAAUAUAGUUCCAAUGUGAUGAAACCGACUGUAAGUGCGUCAUUGAAGAGUUCGAGUACGGUUCCGGUGGCAAGGCGAAACAGCACUGGAGGAUUGCCCGAGAAGAGGCAAAGCAAUGCUGGUUCGGUUGCAGUGAAGAAGACUGCUAGCCCUUCGGGUUCGGAAUCGGUAAGGCGGUCUCUCCCGGAACCUAGAAGGAGUUCAUUGCCUUCAGUUGUUGCCAAAGCCCCCACUCGAACUAGUGUUUCGGACGCUACUAGAAAGUCGAUUCCAGUGUCACCAGUGGGAAGGGGUUUGAGAACAUCAACUGGGUCUGACAUAACUAAGCAGGAGAGUGUGAGGAAAUCAUCGGUUAAGCCAGCGUCUUCGGUCUCCUCUUCUUCUUCUUUUUCUAGGAGGAUAACUUCUACGUCAUUGGACAGUAGUGGCAGCAGUGGGCUUAGGAAAGCGGUUUCAAAGCUUUCUUCCCCAUCAGCUCGGUCACCUUCGAUUUCCAGUGGGUUGAGAGCUGGGUCUUUGUCGUCAUCUCUUGACAGGAGUUCUACUUUGUCUGGACGGAGGAAAGCAGGGACUCCUGAAAGCCGGGACUCUAGGUUCAUUGUACUUCCACAGGUGGAGAUUAAAGCUGGUGAUGAUGUGAGGUUGGAUCUUCGGGGUCACAGAGUUCGUAGUCUCACUGCUAGUGGCUUGAAUUUGUCAGCGAAUUUAGAGUUUGUUUAUCUCAGAGACAAUCUCCUGUCUACAUUGGAAGGAGUUGAGAUACUGACCCGGGUGAAGGUUCUUGAUUUGAGCUUCAAUGACUUUAAAGGGCCUGGAUUUGAACCUCUUGAGAAUUGCAAAGCUCUACAGCAAUUAUAUCUUGCUGGAAAUCAAAUCACAUCACUUGCAAGCCUUCCACAGCUUCCAAAUUUAGAGUUUCUUUCUGUUGCUCAAAAUAAGUUGAAGUCUCUUUCGAUGGCAAGUCAACCUCGACUGCAGGUAUUAGCUGCGAGCAAAAACAAAAUUACAACUCUGAAGGGCUUCCCGCAUUUACCAGUUCUUGAGCAUUUAAGAGUGGAGGAGAACCCUAUUCUUAAGAUGUCACAUUUAGAAGCGGCUUCCAUUUUGCUUGUUGGUCCUACUUUGAAAAAGUUUAACGAUAGAGAUCUUUCCCGGGAGGAGAUAGCUUUAGCAAAGCGUUAUCCUGCACAAACAGCUUUGUGCAUUACACAUGGUUGGGAGUUUUGCCGUCCGGAUCACGCAGCAGAGUCAACUUUUCGCUUUCUUGUCGAGCAAUGGAAGGAUCAUUUACCUUCGGGGUACCUGCUCAAGGAGGCCUAUGUGGAUCAGCCUUCUGAAGAGGAUGCUUGUCAUUGUCACUUCACUUUUGUUCAAGAUGGUGAAUUAUGCAGUGACCCCCAAUUAGUCUUCAACUAUCAAUGGUUUGUGGGAGAGAGAAUGCUUUCAAAUUUUGCUGCUAUUCCUGAUGCUACUGGAGUGGUUUAUUGGCCAAAGCGUGAAGAUAUUAAUAAAAUAUUGAAAGUGGAAUGUACUCCCCUACUAGGAGAAACAAAGUAUCCUUCUAUUUUUGCAGUAUCCUCACGAGUUUCACCAGGAAGUGGAAUUCCAAAGGUUGUGAAUCUUGAAGUCCGUGGGGAAUUGGUGGAGGGAAAUAUCGUCAGGGGUCAUGCUGAUGUUGCAUGGUGUGGUGGGACUCCAGGGAAAGGUGUUGCUAGUUGGUUAAGGAGAAAAUGGAAUGGCAGCCCUGUGGUAAUUACUGGAGCAGAAGAUGAGGAGUACCAGUUGACUAUAGAUGACAUUGAUUCAAGUUUGGUUUUCAUGUACACACCAGUAACUGAAGAAGGUGCCAAAGGAGAACCUCAAUAUAAACAUACAGAUUUUGUAAAAGCAGCUCCUCCAUCAGUCAGUAAUGUCCGAAUUAUUGGAGAUGCUGUUGAAGGAUGUAUCAUCAAAGGAGUUGGUGAUUACCUUGGAGGAAGGGAGGGUCCCAGCAAGUUUGAUUGGUUACGGCAGAAUAAGGAUACAGGAGAUUUUCUACUAGUGUCAAGUGGUACAUCCGAGUAUACCUUGACCAAAGAAGAUGUUGGGCGAGUCUUGGCUUUCAUAUAUAUACCUAUCAACUUUGAGGGGCAGGAAGGGGAAUCUGUAUCAGUAGUGUCUCCUGUAGUGAAGCAAGCACCACCAAAGGUGACAAAUGUAAAGAUAAUUGGUGAAUUGAGGGAGAACAACAAGAUUACUGUAACUGGCAUUCUUACUGGAGGAACUGAGGGUUCUAGCAGAGUACAGUGGUUUAAGAAAAGAUCAUCCAUAUUGGAUGGUGAUAAAGAUCUUGAAGCGUUGAGCGCAUCCAAGAUUGCAAAGGCGUUCCGCAUACCUUUAGGUGCAGUUGGCUAUCACAUUGUUGCCAAAUAUACUCCUAUGACUCCAGAUGGUGAAUCUGGUGAGCCUGUAUAUGCCAUAUCAGAUAGAGCAGUCGAGACACUUCCCCCAAGCUUGAAUUUCUUAUCUAUUACUGGUGAAUACACUGAAGAUAGAAUAUUGACAGCAUCUUAUGGCUACAUAGGGGGUCAUGAGGGGAAGAGUAUCUAUAAUUGGUAUCUGCAUGAGCUCGAAACUGACUCCGGUUCUCUCAUACCUGAGGCUUCGGGACUUCUUCAGUAUCAUAUUACCAAGGAUGCGAUUGGUAGAUUCAUUUCCUUCCAAUGCACUCCGAUCCGUGAUGAUGGGAUUGUGGGUGAGCCAAGAACAUGCAUGGGUCAGGAACGCGUUCGACCUGGAAGCCCAAGGUUGCUUUCUCUACAAAUAGUGGGGAAUGCUAUUGAAGGAACCACACUAAGCGUUGAAAAGAAAUAUUGGGGCGGUGAAGAGGGAGAUUCAGUUUUCCGCUGGUUCCGGACUAGUUCAGACGGCAUGCAAUGUGAAAUUAGGGGUGCAUCUAGUGCAUCGUACAUGCUCUCAGUUGACGACAUUGGCUUCUUCAUUUCAGUUUCAUGCGAACCCGUAAGAACUGACUGGGCUCGUGGUCCUAUUGUUCUUUCUGAACAAAUGGGUCCUAUAAUACCUGGUCCCCCUACUUGUCAUUCUUUAGAGUUUCUUGGAUCAAUGAUAGAAGGGCAACGUGUGAGCUUUAUUGCAUCGUAUAGCGGAGGGGAAAGAGGAAGUUGCUUCUAUGAAUGGUUUAGAGUGAAAAGUAAUGGUGUACAGGAGAAACUAAGUACUUUUGCAGAUUUUCUGGAUUUGACUCUUGAGGAUGUGGGAAGAUGCAUUGAACUUGUUUACACUCCCGUGCGCCAAGAUGGAACAAAAGGGAGUCCUAGGAGCAUAUUAUCUGACAUUAUUGCUCCAGCGGAUCCUAUAGGAGUGGACCUGGAAAUUCCUGAUUGUGUCGAGGACGAGGAGGCAAUCCCAGAAAAAACAUAUUUCGGUGGACAAGAAGGUGUUGGACAAUAUAUUUGGUACAGAACAAAGAAUAAGCUACAUGGGUCUGCAUUAAUAGAUAUAUCUAGUGCUUGUGAAGAUGCUGUUAUAUGUGGGAAAACACUAUCUUAUACACCAUCACUUGAAGACGUUGGGGCUUAUUUGGCCUUAUAUUGGCUUCCCACUCGUGCUGAUGGCAAAUGUGGGAAACCCCUGGUUGCAGUAUCCAACUCUCCAGUUGCCCCAGCUCUUCCAGUAGUUUCUAAUGUUUGUGUGAGGGAGUUGUCUUCGGGUACUUAUUCUGGAGAAGGUGAAUAUUUUGGUGGGUACGAGGGAUCAAGCCUUUUCAGCUGGUAUAGAGAAACUAACGAGGGCACCAUUAUUCUUAUCAAUGGAGCUAACUCGAGUACUUACGAAGUUACUGAUUCAGACUACAAUUGCCGUUUAUUGUUUGGAUAUACUCCAGUCCGUUCAGAUUCAGUUGUGGGAGAACUCAGAUUGUCUGAGCCAACUGAUAUUAUUCUCCCAGAGCUUCCAAAAGUGGAGAUGCUUGCACUCACCGGAAAGGCAGUUGAAGGUGAUGUACUCACUGCUGUUGAAGUAAUUCCAAAGAGUGAGACUCAACAACGUGUGUGGAGCAAGUACAAGAAAGAUGUCAAAUACCAGUGGUUCUGUUCAUCAGAAUAUGGAGAUAGAAAGUCCUAUGAACCAUUACCUACACAGUGUUCCUGCUCCUACAAGGUGCGGUUUGAGGACAUUGGCCGGUGUUUGAGAUGUGAAUGCAUUGUGACUGAUGUGUUUGGGAGGUUGACUGAGCCAGUUUAUACUGAGACUGCACCUGUACAGCCAGGGAUUCCAAAAAUAGAUAAGUUGGAGAUUGAGGGGAGGGGUUUCCACACCAACUUAUAUGCUGUUCGUGGCAUAUAUAGUGGAGGAAAGGAAGGCAAAAGUAGAAUUCAGUGGCUUAGAUCAAUGGUUGGAAGUCCUGAUCUCAUCACCAUACCAGGAGAAGUAGGAAGGAUGUAUGAAGCUAAUGUUGAUGAUGUGGGGUACAGAUUGGUGGCCAUUUAUACUCCUGUAAGAGAGGACGGAGUUGAGGGGCAACCUGUUUCUGCAUCAACAGACCCCAUUGCAGUUGAGCCUGAUGUUCUUAAAGAAGUGAAGCAGAAGCUUGAUCUUGGAUCUGUGAAGUUUGAGACAUUGUGUGACAAGGACCGAACUUCUAAAAAGCAGGUGCCUUCAGCGGGGAGUUUCGAGAGAAGACUCCUAGAAGUUAAUAGAAAAAGAGUCAAGGUUGUAAAACCAGGGUCUAAAACUUCUUUCCCAACUACUGAAAUUCGUGGAACUUAUGCUCCCCCUUUUCAUGUGGAGCUUUUCCGAAACGAUCAGCAUCGGCUUAGAAUCGUAGUGGACAGCGAGAAUGAAGUAGACUUGAUGGUGCAGUCGCGGCACCUCCGGGAUGUUACUGUACUUGUGAUCCGAGGCCUUGCUCAGCGGUUCAAUAGUACAUCUCUCAAUUCCCUUCUCAAAAUAGAAACAUAAGUCUAUUUAAGCAGUGUAAAGUUUGUUUUGAAAUAUAUCAAUCUAUAGGUUUUGAGGCAUACAUACAUGUCAUCUCUCCCCCUUUCCCUCCAUCAAUUGUUUGUCUGAUUGAAAUAUUCAUUAUUUUUAAUGUAAGAAAUAUUGUGCAGUGGUGUGGAUAGUUGUUGUCACAAUCAUUGUAUAUUAUUAUCAAAAUGAUCAUAUUUCAGGUGUU